CCAUCCUGCAGCACUGCUCUGAAGUGGUAAUCAGGAGGUAGGAGGGAUUAACGGCUGCAGGAGGUGAUGGCAGAAGCCCUGGCAGCGUGGGCACAGAGCAAUUCGUCCUGCGAUGAGUCAGUGGGAGGCGCAGUGAUUCUGCAUUGUGCACGUGGCACGGCAGUGAGGAGCAGGCAGCGUUCCUUUAGCUCCCAACCCUUUAAAUCUGUACCCAGCCUGGACCUGCAACUGCAGCAUUGUCACCAAUUAGGAGGAAAUUCUGCCGUGCCAGCCUCGGAAGGGCAAGCCUGUGCUGCCUGCACCGCCACCCAACGCAUCAGCAAGGACUGCACCUGGCCAGAGGAGAUCCUGCUUGGGAAAUCAGGUUUUAUAGUGUCGCUAUGUUGGAGCAGAUCCAUCUGCUGGCUGCCGUGACGGUUCUUGGGGUCCUGGAGCAAGCCUACUUCUUCCUCCAGGUGAUCCAUGCAAGGCGCACGUUUGGCGUUUCUCCUCCCAACAUCUCAGGCCCACCUGAAUUUGAGCGGAUCUUUCGAGCACAGGUGAACUCCUCAGAGUAUUUUCCCAUUUUCGUGGCACUCCUGUGGCAGGCUGGACUCUUUUUCCACCAAGGUCUGGCUGCAGCCCUGGGCCUGCUCUAUCUUUACUCCCGCUAUUGCUACUUUACGGGAUACAGAGCAUCAUCCUCAGACAGGCUCACCCCCAUCUACUUCAGCACCGCAGUUCUCUGGUUGCUCGUUGCAGCAGCGACCCUGGGCCUCCUGCAUUUCUUUCUCUCUCACUAUGUGGGUCUGAAUGUCCUCCGGCUGCUUGCAGCAUGAUGCUCCUGGCCGUCACUGGCAUCACCACUUCAUAUCUGCCCCCAGCUACAAGCCCACCUCACUGUGCUUCCAACACCUGUGGAGCUGGCAGAGCCACAGAGGCCUUUCUGAAGGUUGUUUGUGCCCAGCACUCCAUGCCUAGCUGCUCUGUAUGACUGAUGGCCAAAGCAAGGAGAAUUUUUGGAAAACAGAAGUAAGCUCUUCUCAGCCCCCGCAUCCAGCCCAGGCACCAUGGGGUCAGCACAGCCUCCCAUGGUGCACAGCCAGGAAGAGAAUUUCUGAGGAAGCAUCCAUAGGCUGGGGCAAGGCAGAGACAAGGGGUGACCCAGAUCAGGUCCCUGCACACUGCUGGCUGUGCUGCACCAGUGCUGCCGCACACAACAUGCACAGGAGCAGCUGCCAAUAAAAGGACACUGAGCUUGCUGA